AUGGAGCAGCAGGGAGUAUUGGCACCGCCUAGUAUCAAUGAGAGGAACAGGAGUCUAUCGUUUUCGAAGCUGCUGUCCCGCUCCUGGAGGAAGAACAGCACAAGUGCGGUCGCCAGCGAUAACAGCACUGACACCGAGAACAAUGCGGCCAACCCUAACAUGAUAGCGUUGCAGAAGAAGAUUUUGAGUUCUAAGACUGAUAGUUGGAGCGAGGCUGUCGAUGAUGAGCCAGUACCCAGCGGUGGCAGUCAAUCUCGUUUCACAAAACUGAAGAAUAUCUUCAACAACAAUAAUAGUAACCACAACACAAGUAACUCUACGAGGUCAGGCUCCUCAUGUGCCUCAACUGUGAGUGGGAAGAGUAGCUUUGAGAAGUUACCCAAGGAUAUAAGCCAAGUGAGGUCGAACAGUAUUCCAAGUCCCCAAAAGUCACCAUACUCCGAUAAAAAGGGGCAUAAUGCCACCAGCGAUGUAGAGAUCGGUUUGGUGAGUCCUGUCUCAGAUAAAAUGAACAUUGAUCUCCCGCAGGUACCCACAUCUGUUCACGCUAGUACACUUACAGGUGAACACUUGAAGGAACUGCAUGAGUAUGAAAUAGCUAAACCAAAACAGGAAGCAUAUGCGCUGAAUUCAGGAAAAAAUGCGAAUAGACGGAGAUCACCAUCAACACCUAUUAAGCCAAGUCCCAGUUUAGUGUCCUCACAGAGUGCCAAUGGCCAGUUCUCAUCUACAAAUCCAUUCAACACAGGCACAGGCUAUGCUAACUAUAAGGAAAGAGGCACUGUGCAGACUACAAAUAGCUAUUUCAACUACCAAGGGCUACCGCCGCAUGCCAGAAAUGAAAAUGACUCUAACUUAAACGCAUUCCAAAAUGGAUCUAAAUAUGCAGCUGUCCAAGAGAUGCUAUCAUUGCCAACCACACCGUCUUCGAUGAACACCUCAUUGACAACUCACAACAAAGAAGGAAGAAAUUUAAGCAAUGUAUCUUUAAAUGAAAUCAAGGAGAAUGAAGAAGUGAGUGAGUUCUAUGGUAUGGAUGAGGUUCCUAACCUCGAUUCCAUGGGAAAUAAGAAAAUGGCAUCAUCUUCUCCAUUGAGAGCUAGAUCCGGUAGUCCCAAGGCAUCAAAUGUAAUGGAUAGUGCACAACCAUUUCCCUCUAUUGUAGUUGGCUAUGAUGACGCAGAUGCAGAAACAGAUGAGCAGUCUGCAAACCCUUCGCGUGGAUCGCACAUUUCUUCUGAGCAGAAGGGUAAGCCAGAAUUGAACCCGCCAAAAAAUGCUAAGUUUCCAUUACGUAGAGCCGCAUCAGAGACUGAUGCAAUAGACCUGAAUAUUUUGAAAUCUGUAAAGGCAGCUAGUGGAGACCUGUCUGAUACAACAGAUCAGCAUACCAAACUGGAAGAAAUUAAAGAACCAAGACGCUCAAGCAGACUGAGAAAUAAAUCUUUUAGUAACAAGUUCCAAGAUAUCACUGUUGGACCACAAUCAUUUGAAAAGAUUAGACUGCUUGGACAAGGUGAUGUUGGCAAGGUUUAUUUAGUGAAAGAAAAGAGGACGAACAGACUGUAUGCGUUGAAGAUUUUCAGUAAAUCAGAAAUGAUCAAGAGGAAGAAGAUCAAGAGGAUCCUGGCCGAGCAAGAAAUUCUUGCUACUAGCAACCACCCAUUUGUUGUAACAUUAUAUCAUUCGUUUCAAUCGGAAGAUUACUUGUAUCUGUGUAUGGAAUACUGUAUGGGUGGUGAGUUUUUUAGAGCGUUGCAAACUCGUAAAAGUAAAUGUAUCUCAGAAGAAGAUGCCAAAUUUUAUGCUAGUGAAGUCACAGCUGCAUUAGAAUAUUUACAUCUGCUUGGGUUCAUAUACAGAGACUUGAAGCCGGAAAAUAUUCUAUUGCACCAAUCGGGCCACAUUAUGUUGUCAGAUUUUGAUCUAUCUAUCCAGGCGAAGGACGCAAAAGUGCCAGUAGUUAAAGGUAAUGCCCAGUCCACGGUGGUCGAUACUAAAAUUUGUUCCGAUGGCUUCAGAACCAACUCAUUUGUUGGGACCGAGGAGUAUAUUGCGCCCGAGGUGAUAAGAGGCAACGGCCACACGGCAGCGGUUGAUUGGUGGACACUAGGUAUUCUUAUUUAUGAGAUGUUGUUUGGCUUCACACCUUUCAAGGGAGAGAACACAAAUGAGACAUUUAGCAAUAUACUGAAAAAGGAUGUCACAUUCCCAAACAACAAUGAGGUCUCCAGAAAUUGUAAAGACCUGAUUAAGAAGCUACUGAUAAAGAACGAGUCCAAGCGUCUAGGAUCUAAGAUGGGUGCGGCAGAUAUCAAGAAACAUCCAUUCUUCAAAAAGGUUAAUUGGACUCUGUUGAGAAAUCAAGAGCCACCGUUAAUCCCAGUUUUGACUGAGAAUGGUUAUGAUUUCACAAAAUUGUCAUCCAACAAGAACAAAAACCGUGCUAAUGGUACCGAGAAGGACUCCAUAGAUGAACAAGAGCGCAUCAUGUUUGAAGAACGCGUUGAGUAUGACGAUGAGGUUUCAGAGGACGACCCAUUCCAUGACUUUAACUCAAUGAGUCUCAUGAAGCAGGAUAACAACUCCCUGAUAUACGGUGACAACAACUCCUAUGGUAAAAUUGCAUAUACUCCAAACGCUAAUAGAUCAAGAAGUAAUAGCCACAGAGCAUUCUUCAAAAGAUGA